AUGAUUAUAGAAGCCGUUCAAAUGGCAGCUGCGUUCAACAAUAAGUAUUUCCGUUCAUACUUGAAAAUCUUCAAAAAAGUGUAUGAAGAAUACCAUCCAGCAAUAUAUACGCCACCAUCACCUGCCAUGUUGUACUUUUUAUAUAUGGAUUAUGGUGUUUUGGCAUUUGGGAUAACAUUACAAACCAUCCAAAAACUUGAAUUAAAAGGAUUUGUUUUGGAUGUUCAUCCAGAAAAUACAAUUUACAGAGCAAUUAUGAAUGAUGAUAUACAAUCAUUUAUCGCUUUUACUGAGAGAGCAGGAUUUGAUGAAAAUCAGAGGUUCUAUAAUGAUUUUUAUGAAUAUUCAAGUAGAGGAUAUACAUUGCUUGAAUUGUGUUGUUAUCAUGGAGCUGUUAAUUGUUUCAAACUGUUAAGAACGAAAUUUAAUUCAAUAAUAUCUGAAAAAUGCCUUCAAAUGUCAUUUUUGGGUGGAAAUCAAGAAAUAAUGAGUGAGUGCAUGAAACAAGUAAAACCUAACAAAGAAUGCAUGCGAUAUGCAAUCAUGUCGCACAAUAAUGAUUUUGUUUCUUUCUUGGCUGAGGAAUGCAACAUCGAAAUUGUUGCUAAUGAAUGCUAUUUAUUCUAUAAUCUUCAAGCACUGUUUAUAUUGCUUGAUCGUACAAAAGAUAUCGGAUCAUGCUUGGUGAAGUCGGCCUACUUUAAUAUUCCAUCACUUUGCGAAUAUUUCCUUCAGCAUGGAGCAAAUGUCAAUGCUAUGGAGUCUGAUAAAUUCGGCAUGACUGCUAUUCAUGUGGCUACACAAUUCUUUAAUUUUGAAACAGCCAAUUUUCUUCUUGCUAAUGGCAGUGACAUUAAUAUAAAAUCAAAGAUAGGGCUUAAUCCUCUUCAUAUUGCAGCUGGAAAAUGUGGAAAAGAAGUACUUGAAUUUCUUAUUUCCCAUGGAAGUGACAUCAAAGCAAAAACGCGCGAAGGAAAUCUUGCAAUUCAUAUGGCAGCAAUAAGUAAUCAAGUGAAAAAUACAGAAUAUUUUUUAGAUCAUGGUUUUGAUAUAAAUGAAAGAAAUAAUGAAGGAGUUACACCUCUUCAUAUUGCAGUUAAAUACCAUAGUAAUGACGUCGCUGACUUUUUAAUACAACGUGGUGCAAAUAUUAAUUCAAAAGAUUUAUUUGAUGGCACUCCCCUUCAUUUCGCUGCACGUUGUAAGAACAGAGAAAUGGUGGAAGUUUUAGUUUUGCUUGGUGCUGACAUUAAUGCACGAGAUAAUCACCAAAGAACCCCUCUUCAUUGCGCAGGAGAAAGUACUGAUACUGGUGCUGCUGAAGUUCUUAUUGCCCAAGGUUCUGAUAUCAAUGCAAUAGAUGAUGUUGGUUUUACAGUCCUUCAUUAUGCAGCAGAAAUUAACUGUGUCAAAACAGCAAUUUUUUUCAUUUCUCAUGGUGCAAAUGUUGAUGCAAUGGCAUUUGCCAAUGAAACUCCCCUGAUUGUAGCAGCCGCAAAAAACAGUACCAGAGUCGCAGAGAUUCUUAUUUUAAAUGGUGCAAAUAUUAAUCAUAAGGGUAUUUAUGGUGAUAAUGCCCUUCAUAUUUGUGCAAAAUACGGUAGUUUAAAUGUUGCCGCGAUUCUUGUUAAACAUGGAAUUGAUAUCAAAGCAAAAAAUUUUGGUGGAAUAACACCACUUGAAGUUGCACAAAGGAGUCGUAAUUUUGGAAUGGUAAUAUAUCUCAAUAUGCUGUACAAAGCUUAUGGAAAUCUCCCAAAUAUAUAG